AUGAAUUCGCGCUUUAUUAACCCGGAUAAUGAAGAGAAACUAACUUUUGAUCUUUCAGAAGAAGUUCCUGAAUUCAAUGAAGAUGGAGGCUGUAGCAACUUACUUCUGCAAUUCUCUGCAUCUGAUUCUUUUAAUUCGGUUGAGCAGCAACGUCAACAGCUUCCUGUUUUCACCAAAAGAAGUCAAUUUCUAUACCUGCUUGAAAAUUCAAGAGUUUUAAUUGUCACUGGAGAAACUGGCAGUGGAAAAUCGACUCAACUACCUCAAUAUGUUUAUGAAGCUGGUUGGUUGAAUCUGAAAUCCAGUAAUCUUCAUCCAUCUGGAGUUACAAUGGCAGUGACACAGCCUCGACGUGUAGCUGCUCUGACUUUAGCUACUCGUGUGGCUGAAGAAAAGAAUUGGCAGAUCGGUAAACAAGUUGGAUAUAUAAUACGUUUUGAGGAAUGUUGGACACCAGGUUCAACUGUCAUCACAUACCUUACUGAAGGUAUGAUGAUACAAGAAUUAUUACGUGAUCCACUAUUAACUCGUUUCCGUGUAAUAAUGUUAGACGAAGUUCAUGAAAGAUCUCUACAAACUGAUAUUCUUUUGGGACUUAUUAAAAAAGUGUUACGAAAACGACCAUAUGAUUUAAGAGUGAUCAUUUCUUCGGCUACUAUGGAGGCUGAAAAAUUUGUAGAAUAUUUUUCAAAAAUGAAACUACCAGAAAGUGAAGACAAUAAACAAACACUAAAGUUAACUCCAGUAUCUCAUUUAAGUGUUGAAGGACGUCAAUAUCCUGUUUCUGUAUUUUAUUCCAUUGAUCCUGUUCCGUGUUAUUUAACUGCAGCAAAAGAAACAGUUUUUCGAAUACAUGAAACUAAACCUUUAGGAGGUGAUAUACUUAUCUUUGUCACAGGUCAAAAUGAAGUGUCUCAAUUAGUCGGUGACCUAAUAGCUGAAUAUCGAAAUAGAAAAGAACGUUUUCUUAAUACUCAGCAACAAAAUUCAAAGUCAAAAACAUCAUCUACAGCUUAUCCACCAUUACGUUGUCUACAACUGCAUGGUUCUCUUCCACAAAACGAACAACUGCGUAUCUUUGAACGACCAACCAGAGCUUGUCGUAAGGUUGUUGUAGCUACAAAUGUCGCUGAAGCCUCAGUCACUAUUCCAGGCAUUUCUUAUGUGAUAGAUUCUGGCUUUUCGCGAAUUCGAGCGUAUAAUCCUAUCAAUGGACUUGAAGCUCUGGUGACUAUACCUACAUCACAAGCGUCAGCACGACAACGUGCUGGGCGUGCAGGACGUACAAGAACAGGACAGGUCUAUCGGUUGUAUACAGAAGAGGCAUUUCAUAAACUUUUACCACGUUUCACACUACCAGAGUCUUUACGUGUUGAUCUGUCCGGUGCAUUGUUACGCCUAAAAACUCUUGGUAUUGAUCGUUUGGCUCAAUUUGACUGGCUUGAUCCACCGCCUCCAUCACAUGUUGGUCAGUCGGCAGAACGACUUGUCGCUCUGGGUGCUCUUGAUGCAAAUUCUGGUCAUCUUACAAUUCCUCGUGGUUUGAAGUUGGCUGAAGUGUCUACAACAUGCGGUUUAGAUCAACCGUCAGCAGCUGCUGCAUUAUUAGGUGCAUGUGAUGAAGGAUGCUCUCAAGAGGUUGCUGCUAUUGUUUCAUUAAUGCAAAUCCAAAGAGUAUUUACUGUCUCCGAUUACAAACGCACUGGUGACCGUAUUCGUAGACAGACAUUUGGAUGUCAUCAAGGGGAUCAUUUAACAGAGUUGAAUGCAUUUGUUGCUUAUGAACAACAAUCAAAAGUAUUGUCAAAGUCAGAACUUCGUACAUGGUGUCGUGAAGUUGGUUUAAAUGAACGUGGUUUGGCACAUGCUAUUAUAUUACGUGAUCGAAUUGGUUCUAUGUUUCGUCGUUUAAAAUUACCCUGGGUGAAAGCUGAACCUGAAGGCAAUCCUAAUCCAAUACUUCGAUCUCUUGUACGAGGUUUCUUUCAUCAGGCUGCUCGUCUAGGUCCAUCUGGAUCGCAUUAUCUGACUAUCAGAGGAGAUCAUCAAUUACGUUUACAUCCAAAUUGUGUCUUAUACUCAUCUACAUCGCGUUGGCCGGCGUAUAUACUGUUUACAAAUGUUUUUCUUACACCCAAUUUAGAUGAUGGUAAUAAUUCUGGAAAAAUUGGAAAUUUUGAUAAAAAUGAUCCAUCUAGCACAUGUGUCAGUGGUGUUAGUGUUAUACAGCCUGAUUGGUUAUUAGAAUUAGCUCCGCAUUAUUAUCAAUUCGGUACAGACAGAGAACACUUGGAGCAUGCUAUACGAAGUAAACAAUGA